AUGUCGGAGCCGUCUUCUUCUGCGUUUACUUCGUUGCCAGAUGAUGUUGUUCUGAAUUGCUUGGCACGCGUAUCGAGAUCGGACCACGCUUCGUUAUCUCUCGUCUCCAAGUCGCACCGCUCUCUGCUGCGUUCCCCUGAGCUCUACGGCGUCCGAUCCCGAAUGGGUCUCACCGAAAAGUGCAUCUUUCUGUGUCUAAGCAUCCCUUCAGAUCCGUUUGCGAGGUGGUUCGUCUUCAACCCGAAAGCCGUAAAUAAUCCGGGUAGGCUGGUCCCAAUCCGGCCACACUUGAGUCAGCGGCGGGAAGUAUCCGCCGCCGUGGUGGCCCAUGGUUGCGGGAUCUACAUCAUCGGUGGGAUGAUUGGCGGGAGGAGAUCGUCCAAGGUCUUUUUCCUGGAUGGUCGAACUCACACGUGGACCAAUCUCCCUUCCAUGAGGCAAGCUCGAGCUGAUGCGUCGGCGGCCGAGGUGGACGGGAAGAUAUACGUGUUGGGCGGGUGCGAGGAUGAGAAUUCCCGUGAAUACGGUGAGGUUUUCGAUCCGAAGACGCAGACUUGGGACGUCCUGCCAGUGCCGCCGUAUGAGGAUUGUGUACGACAUACCUUUAUGUGCGAAAGCGCGGUGGUGAUCAAGGAGGAGGAGAAGAAGGUUUUUGGUUUGAAUGGGAUAGGGAAAGGUUUGUUCUACAUUCCGAGUCAAGGCAAAUGGGAAAUAGGGAAUCGGGCAAAGAGUGGAGCUAAAAGGGGUUGGCAUGUGAUAGGGAAUGUAAUCUACACUAGUGCAACGCGUGGGAGAAUAAUGUGGUGUGAGGCAAGUGAACUGGAGCGGCGCCAACCGGGGGGGAUGGAGUGGAGAGAGGUGAUGGGCUUGGAGCAUCUAAGGCGCACCCUCCAUGGCUCCAAACUGGUCAGCUUUGGUUGUGGAAUGUUGGAUAAGUGGGAGUAUUACCUAAGUGAUAUGUUUUGUAAAGGUCCGACAUGUCUCACAUCAGAGAUCGACUAUGUAUAUCCAGGCCACAAACUGAGCAACCUUGGUCCCAACCUGUUACUCUACUGGGACGUGCUUGGUCCUCGGAAAUUGGAGAUUUUCUGUGCCGAGAUCUCUCUACACAGGCGCAAGGACACAGGCCAGAUUUGGGGCAGCGUUUUGUGGUACGACGCUGUCAUGACGGUCCAUCGCAAGACAAAUAGAUUUGACAUUCCUCUGAAACUAGCAAUCUCAGUGGCUCUUCCUGCAUUGUUUGGGAUAUGGUUAGGUCUGAGUAUAGCAAUUAGCGUUCUUGUUGGUGUUGGCUAUGGAUUCUUCACUCCUUGGAUCUCUGCUUUUGAAGCAUUCAGACAAGACACUGGAUCCAACAAGUUCUUCCACUGUCUUGUGGAUGGAACUUGGGGAACUAUCAAAGGAAGUUGUACUGUGGUUACAGAUUUCGCAGAUCUUUGUUACCAUAUCCUCUCUACUUUAAAGGAGUUGCGUGAAUCCUCGGCCUCAGAUGAGCUUCAAACUCUUAGGUUGAUUCAUGUUCUUGGAUGCAUAAUUGUAGGGAUUAUAGGAUUAUUCAUCGAUAUCCCUCUCUUCACUGCAAUUGCCGUUAUUAAAAGCCCUUACCUUCUCUUCAAAGCAUGGUACCGUCUAGCUCAAGACGCCAUUAACAGAGAAGGACCAUUCCUUGAAAUAGCUUGCAUCCCAGUUACUGGUUUGACAAUACUGUUUUGGCCUAUUAUCGUCAUUGGAUUUGUUCUGAUGACCAUCUUCUCCAGCAUCUUCAUCGGGUUGUAUGGAGCAGUUGCUGUAUUUCAGGAAAGGUCAUUUACAAGAGGAGUGUCUUAUGUGAUUGCAGUAGUUGGGGAAUUUGAUGAGUACACAAAUGAUUGGCUUUACCUUAGAGAAGGAACUAUCUUCCCAAAGUAUGUCUCUUUUUCAACAUUUCAUCCUUCAGAUAUGAGCAGAGACAACAGUUCCGGUUCUGUAGAAGCUCCAGCGAUGCUAGUACCGAGCCUAGUUCACUCUGUAUCGGUUAGAGAGGCGAUAAAAGAAGUGAGAAUGGUUCAGGUAUAUGUCAAAAGCUGCAAUCCUAGUUCCGUAUCUCACAAAAUGAUGGGAAUGGUAAGGAGCGUAUCUAAGCUUCCGACGUAUAGGAGAAGGUUCAGGAAAGUGGUUAAGGCUCUAAUAACGUAUUGGUUAGAGAAACAAGGCUUGAAUCGAACCGGUUCCAUGAGUUUCGGAGAUUUCAUUGAAGACGUCUAA